AGCAGGCACCUGGGGCCUUUUUCAGACGGAACUAUCGGCGACCUCCGCCGGAAGGUGGGUAGCAAUGACGGCCCCAGGUGCGCCCCUGCAGCGGCGGCCUCUCUUUCAUCGGCGACGAGGACACGAGGUGUACAGCGUCUCUGCGUCGCACCACCUCCACCACCAAUUGGGACGCGGCCUCUGUGCUCCCGGCGACACCCAGGCGUGCCCCCGCAGCAGCGGCGUCGGCUUCAUCAGCGACGAGGUCGGCGGCGUUUCCGCCUGUCCCGCGCGGAACCGUCUCCACCAUCCGUUCGACCACCGCGGCACCUCCGCGCGUCCCCGUACAGGUGCCAUGGGACUCUGCCUCAAGCUCGGUCCCUGCUACGCAUGCAUCUGUGAGCAUCUCUUGCAGCGCCGUCAAAGCCGACCCGACCCAGACCUGCGCGCUGGACGACUCGCUCGAUCCCACCGCGACGGCUUCCUCAGCAGCGAGGUCUUCCCCCAUCAGCGACCAGCGCCAGUUGGGCCGUGGCCUCCGUGCGUGCGGCGACGGACACAUGCGUCCCCACUGGCACUGCUGCGCCGUUGGACUCCACAUCAACCAAGGCCGACCUCACUCUAGAGGCGUCCGUGGCUCUGGACGACGUGUUCCCUACUGCUCCAUCACCUACGAUGGGGACGACCACCCAAUUGCCACACGCCCUGGAGCAAGUCACGAAGCUGCCCGCUACCUGUUCGACCAAUUGUUCGAGCAACAAUUUGGGCACGGCAUCCCCUGCGUCCUCAACUAAUCAAGGCACUGCAACAAGACUGCUGCCACCAACAACUCCAGCGUUCACUCAGGAGCUCACAGCGCAAGCUGGGUUGUCGCCAUCAACCUGCUCCUCCAACUCGGUGCAUGAGGACGCCAUUGACACUGACGACAACUACACCAUGGAAGGUGUUCAUGGAAACUGAGGGCAUGUUCCUGACCACUCCAGCAGCAUCAGAAAGCUCAAUCUCCCAAUCACUGCAGUGGUUUGAGGAUCGAGGAUUUCACACACCCAUGCUUACCAAGUGUUUGACUAUCGGUACCUACUCGCUCCUGCUCUUACUUCCUCCUGUUGCAUUGGACACCAUUGAUACAGAAAUGACUGAGCAGCGGGACAUAUAUGAGGAUAGUGGAAAGUUUGUUCAAAAGGUGGACAACUCCUUCGUUCAACAUGCCAUCACAGUUUGUGAGUUUUCUUCAUCCCAGGUUCACUAUCUCCUUCGUUGUGAAUUGCCCAAAUUUGAUACUACAUUAAUAUGCUUGCCGUUACUGCCUUGGGAUGGAAGUAUAUGCGGCUGCCACCUGAUCCAUUGUAUGGUCAGAAAAGCAAGAGUAAAUUACUGGAACAUGAUAUGAGGGGAUGUUUCCUGUUUGUCAAGAGAGACAGCAGUAAUAUGAUCCAUGUUCGUGCAUCAAUGGAUGAAGACGCUUUGUUUGUUAUUGGCAAUUGUCGUGCUCAACAGUCUUUGUGUCAGUGGAGAGUUUCCCAGUCUUGAACAAGGCUCUAGGAAGGUGACAUUAGUCGGGCUGAAGCCAUGGUUUCCUUGGGAAUGUUUCUCUCUAGAAGAACUUUUCAACUUGUCAUUUUUUAUGCAGUGGUGUUGUACUGUAGUAGUGGAAGUGGUUCAUUUCCUGUAGCCAUUGCCCUUGACAGAUCAAGCAAUUUCCAUGGAUCAUUGCUUGGUUGCCAUGUGCCUUCCCUGAUUGUUCAAGAACGAUUGCUGAUAAGUUUUGCAAUGUAACGGUUGUGCUGGUGUUCAGAUUGGGAAUCUCUGUUCAAUCCCUAUCCUGUUUUGCUGCUGCUAGGUAUGCUCCAGUAAGCAAGUACACAUUUAUGAAUUACAGUGUUGCAGCCACUUAUGUCCAAGAAAAGGAGACCAGUUAUGCUGAAUGCUAUGUUACAUUGGUUGCAUGGUGGAUACAAAACUUAUGCAGUGUCAGAUUCCAUGGUUACAACUACCGCGGAAGGGUGGUUUCCAGUUUUGCCCUACUGGAAAAGCCUUAUUAUAUAUGGUUAUAUGUUUGCACAGAUUCAAUGGGAGAUUGCAUGGUUGAUUGGUCCCUUACAAGCCAAUAUUAGCUCCUUCAAGGCAUACUCUAAUUCCUGUGGUUUUAAGUUGCAGCAAUGGAGGAUUGCUUGGUCGCUAAAUGAUGCAUUUUUACAGCAUGAACUUCUAUCUUGCUCUUGUGGAGCUGUUUCAUUCUCUGUUUCAGAACAAGUUCAAGGGAAAAUCACUUGGUCACUCUGCUAUGAUUUUUCUGUCCUCGACAACAUCUCAGUGUGGUUCUUAUGUAAGUGUUAAGCAGCUGUGGUUUGGUGCAAAUUUUCUGAAAAGCAUGUUGAGUUCUCUGAUGACAAAUCUCUGAAAAUCAUGGUUCAGUGCUCUUUUCUUGAACUGGUGAGCUACAAAUUCUCACAAGCUUGUGCCUCUGACUCCCAUAAUGUAGUUGUGUUGUGCAUUUGGGGUUUGCAGUAACUCACCUGUUAGCCUAGAUACAUGCUUGGGUAUUCAAGAUUUACAGAGAAUUGGGUGUAUGUGACCAAGCUUACUACUGCUGCAAAUGCUUUGUUGCCGACAACUCUUAUUUGCAAACCAUAAUGGAGUGCUCACCAGCGAGUUAGCCAGUCAGCCGAUGAGCCGAGAGCAAAACCGGCAACGGCGACAGUAGUGGACGGCGGGGAGGCAACUCCUUCUCUAAUCCAUCUCAAAUUCGGAAUCCCUGCAAGUGUGCGCAAUGACGUGGCAGGUCACCUGCUCCUACUCGCAGACAGCAGUGGGCCCGUUCCGGUCGUGCUGUGUCUGUUUGUCCACGUUCUACAGCAGGACAAUUGUGGAGUGCCCCGACUGCACCUGCGGCGCCUGCCCAGCUAGGACCUCCACGGCGCCGCAGUGCCAGGACGCCGAGAUCCGGUGCACCGGGCACAUGUGCCCGAUAAGGGUGCACUGGCACAUCAAGAAGAGAUACACCGAGUACUGGCGGGUGAAGCUGUCGAUCAACAAUUUCAACAGGUUCAAGAACUUCACUGACUGGAACCUCGUCUUCCAGCACCAGAGUCUACAGGAGUUGACCCAAGUUUUGAGCUUCGCCUACGAGCCGCUUGUGCAGCGCAGCACGAUCAACGACACAGGCCUCUUCUGGGGGCUCCCAAGCUUCAACCAGAUGUUGCCCCAGGACGGUACUGUGCAGACAGAGGUCCUGCUGAGGAAGGGCAAGGAUUUCAGCUUUUCUGGUGGGUGGGCACUGCCUAGAAAGAUAUACUUCGACGGCAGCGAGUGCACGAUGCCGCCACCAGACGACUUUCCCCAGCUGCCCAGCAGCAGCCCUGUUCAGCGCUUCUCAGGAGGGCACAGGUGGUUGGCCUCAGGGGCCGUCUUAGUGCUUGGACUACUACUGACUUGAGCAGCUCUGGCGCCGCCCGCGGGACCGAGACGUCAUUGACAUCUUCAUUGCAGGUCUUCGGGCGAUGGCUCUCCGCUUGGCGCCUCCACUUCAUCCACCACCUCCGGAGCCGGAUUAGGCACUUGAUACCGACGCACUAAGGCAUGGCAAGGCCACUUGAGGCGGCUCCCUUGGCAUGCGCCUCCUUUCUUUCAACCCUAUUGUCCUAUGUUUGUGUACUCUGUAUAUGUGUGGUGUGAAUCUUUUUGUUGGAUGCUUAUGACUAUGGUGGUUUGCUUGGAUGCAUUUUCAUGUAGUUUCGGUUGUCAACACCAUAAUGACUACUCAUUUGGUGUGAAUCUUUUUGUUGGAUGCUUAUGACUAUGUUUGUGUACUCUGUAUGUGUGUGGUGUGAAUCUUUA